CGCUUCAUUUUACAUUUCAUUCAAUUUUUUGAUAUCAUCCAUAUCGAUUGUCAAUCAUUCGCAAGUUUUUUUUGAAAUUCAUUUUUCAAUUGUGAUUUUUAUUUAUUGUUGUUUUCUGAAAUUCAAACAAACCGGAAAAAAACAUUGUUCAAUUGAACCAUAAAAAUGUGGCCAUCUUUUUUAGCGACAUUUUCCUGGAUUCUUUUAUUUGGUUAUAUGAUAAUAUUAUCAAAAUCCGAAGUAAAUUAUGAUGAAAUAUUGCAUGAAGAAAAUGAAAAAAUUCGUAUUGAACGACAAAAAUCUAUCAAAGCACAAUGGAAUCUCGAAUCAAACAUUACAGAUUAUAAUGAAGAAUUAGUUACUAAAGCUAGUAAAGAAUAUGAUCAUUUUCGUAAACAACAAUAUAAUUCAAUCAAACAAUAUCUAACCGAUGAACAUAAACAAAAUAUGACCAAAAAUCAACGACGACAAUUUGAACGAUUAGGAUUUCUAGGAUUUUCCAUAUUAGAUGAAAAUGAAGGUAUUGAAUUUAAAAAUAUUCAAAUUCAAAUGGAAAAAAUAUAUAGUGGUGCAACAAUCAAUACGGAAUUACAAACAAAUUUAACACUUGAACCAGAUUUAACUGAAAUAUUUGCAACAUCAACAAAUGAAUCAUUGCUAAAAGAUAUUUGGAUUAAAUGGCGUGAUGUAACCGGAAAAAAGAUGCGAAAGCAUUUUGUUGAUUAUGUUUAUUUGGGUAAUAAAGCGGCUAAAAGUUUAGGAUAUAAUAGUAUCGAUGAUGUUUGGAUGUUUGAUUGGGAAAAAGAUUCAAUUAAACAAGAAGUUGAACGUCUUCUCAAUGAUCUAAUGAAUCUUUAUGAAAAAAUACAUGCAUAUGUAAGAUUUCAUUUAGCACAAAAUUAUAAUCAAUCAAUGCCUAAUGAUGGAACAAUACCGGCACAUUUAUUGGGAAAUAUGUGGGGACAAACAUGGAGUAAUUUAUUAUCGACAAUACCAACAAUGCAAUUAAAACCAAAUCUACCUUCGUUGGAUAGUGAAAUUAAUGAAAAAUUACAGAAUUGGACUGUUAAACAAAUGUUUCAAAUGUCGGAAAAAUUUUUCAAUAGUCUUGGAAUGGAAAAUAUGACCCGGCAAUUCUGGGAACAAUCAAUAAUUGAAAAAAGAAAUGAUGUUGAAAUGGUUUGUCAUGCAUCUGCUUGGGAUAUGUUUCAAAUGCAUGAUUUUCGUAUCAAACAAUGUACGAGAAAAACUUUAGAAGAUUUGGUCACUAUUCAUCAUGAAAUGGGACAUAUACAAUAUUAUAUGAAUUAUGAGAAUAAACCGGCCGUUUAUCGUGAAGGAGCUAAUCCAGGAUUCCAUGAAGCUAUUGGCGAUUUAAUGUCAUUGUCCGUAAUUACACCUGUACAUUUAGCCAAAGUUGGAUUAUUGAAUAGAUCUCAAAUUGAACAAAAUCUUGAUGAUUUAAAUCUUAAUUAUCAAUUGCGUAUGGCAAUGGAUAAAAUUGCAUUUUUACCGUUUUCAUUCAUCAUUGACAAAUGGCGUUGGGAUGUAUUUAAUGAUGAUAAAUUAACUAAUCAUAUGAAUCGUCAUUGGUGGGAAUUGCGAUUAAAAUAUCAGGGAAUUUCACCACCGAUAAAACGAUCGGAAAAAGAUUUUGAUCCCGGUUCUAAAUAUCAUAUACCAGCCGGUGUUGAAUACGUACGAUAUUUCGUAUCACAUAUAUUACAAUUUCAAUUCUAUAAACAUUUAUGCCAAAACGUGACCAAAAUGGAUAAACUUUAUCAAUGUGAUUUUUAUGAAAACAAAAUGGCUGGUAAACAAUUAAUAGAAAUGUUACAGAAAGGAUCAUCCGAUCAUUGGGAAAAUAUAUUAAAAGAUUUUAUUGGAACAUCAGAAAUGAGUACGGACGCCAUCUAUGAAUAUUUUGCACCAUUAAAUCGAACAUUAUCGGAUUUCAUUAUGAACAAUAAGAUUUCCGUUGGUUGGAAUGCUAAAGUUGAUGAUUAUUUCAUCGAAGAAGAAAAUUCAUCUGGUUCGACACCGUCGAUAACAAUGAACAUUUUUAUUCUAACAUUAAUUUCAAUAUUCAUUAUGAUUUCAUAAUUUUUUUUAUAUAAUGACAAUAAAUGAAAUGUUUUUUUUUUGUAUAA